AGAGAAUAAAAUGGCAUGAGGAAUAAAAGAGGUUUGAUCCUAUCCUGAGCCUCCAUAUCUGAUCAACCAACUGCUCCGCCGCAUGCGCCGUCACUCUCCCUCUGCAUCACUGUUUUCCGAAAUCAAGAGUGAAGAAACGAUAAUGAGACCUGUUUCUCAGAAAUGGGGCUACAUUCGAAUCAUGGCCGGUACAAUCCUUGGAGGCAUCCUCGGAUUCUACGUUAUGCACCGUGUUGAAUCUAACUACAAGGAGAGAAUGAACGAGAGGCUGAGAAACUAUGAGGCUGAAUUGAGGAGGAAGAAGGACGAGAGAUUGAACGAGUUUGAGGAAUCCUCCAAGUUUUGAAAAAUUGUGGUUUUCUUUUCUUACUUUUUGAUGUUCUCUUUUUCUUUUUAUGUUUGAUUUAUGAGAAUAAUUGGAAAAAUUCUAUCUUUGUAUACUAGAACAUCUUUAACGAUGUAUAGUUUCUCCCUUUUCAUAUGCUGUUGAAAGGGCUUAAAAGCCUUACUAUUAACCCAAUUUCAUAGAACUGAAACAUGCAGCUUGCGUCAAACCUAAGAAAGAGAUUUGUAUAGUAGAAGAUAAUGCAGAUAAAUGUAUUAUGUUUGAAUUUAAUGGUGAUUAAUUUAUGUUGGAA